GUGAGGCUGCAGGUCCCUUAUUUUGGCUGCUGGUCCCUUAUUUUCAAAUCUGUAAGUUGACAGCUAUGGUUCCUUGUUUUAUAUUAACGUCUCCCCUUUACUUAUUAAUGUUCUACAGUUGUGUUUUAGCAGUGAAAUCUUAGGAGAAAGUCCUAUUGCUUUAUCAAAUUAAAGACGAGCAGUGUUUGCCCUUCACCAAUGGCGUGCCUUUUAUAUUGAAAUGUGGGUAAAAUCCGCCAAAGGGGUUUGUACCAAGCUGAGGCAUAGCUGGGGGUACCUAACGCGCAUGCUCAGAUAUUUUCUCACUCGCUCUCUGCCUGGGCUGCCUGUGGCCUUGGAGGUACAGCAGUGGCGCCUAACGCGCAUGCUCAGGCCUUUCUUUCGCCGCCUCCUCUCUAGUCUAAUGGUCUUAGCUAGAGGAGGGUGUCUACAGUAACGCCUCAUUUCUUUAUAUUUCUUAUCGCGCUUUUCUGCGUGAACAAGAAUAUACAGCAUAUCUUUUUUUAAAAGCGCAUAGCGAGUCCAGAGUUAGAGCUGCGGCUCCCGCGGUGAAUAACUGGGUCAUAUUCUACGCAGGCGAACGUCGCAGGCAGCCCCUACCCCCCCCCGUCGGGCUGGCGCUUUGUGCAAUGGCGUUUUCUGCGCGGGUGUCAUGGCUGCCUUCUCCGCGAGGACCCCUCGGAGAGGCGCCAUUUUAGAGUUCCUGAGGCGACCCGGAGCUUUCCCUGCCGCCGAGUUCGUAGCUGCCGCAGCCGCCGCCGCCUCCUCCUCCUCCAUCGCCCUUCUCUCGGCUCGCCCGCGGCGAUGAGCGUGGUAGACCAUGUGCGGGAGAUGGCGGCCGCCGGGCUCCACUCCAACGUGCGGCUCCUCAGUGGGCUUCUGCUCACCAUGAGCGGCAACAACCCGUGAGUUGGUGGGAGGGAGGCGGCAGCGUAACUGCAGCCCCAAAGGGCUCCUUUCCCUCGCGCUUCCCCGUCCUCGAACUCCCCCCCCCCGACCGAGCGGCCUCAUCCUGCUCCGCCUCCGCUCCCUCGCUUCCCCCGCCGUCACGACACCCCGGCCAGGUUGGGCGAAAGCGCGCCGGACCAGAGGCUUCGACCGGGAAGGGCCGGGGCCUCCUGUCCCUUUUUAAAUGUGACAUUCAGGGCAACCCUCGUCACACGCCCGGGACUCUGCUUUCUUUUGUAAACCGCCCUUCAUCUGUAGAUCUCAGGGCAGUUCGCCACAUAAAAAUACGAGAUAAAAUAAAAACACAAAAUACAUGACAAGAACAAAAACCCAUUUGCAGUUGCACCCAUUUUGUGCCCCCUCCUUAUAGUUUCGUUUCCCCCCUUUCUUUUGUUAUAAUUGUUAACAAUAGAUUGUUGGCAAUGGCAUCCAUCUGCCUGUGAGACAAUGGAAGAGUUUGCCUUUGGGAGUGAAGUCAAAUCCUUAAUAAUAAUAAUAAUAAUAAUAAUAAAGCAGCUGAGUGACGUAGGCUGGGGCUGUGCUGAGAGUGUGAGGUGGGGAACCUGUGGCUCCCCAAAUGUCGACUGGGCCCCCAACUCCCACCAUUUUGACUUAAUGAAGUGAAGAAAAAGAGAGGAGGGAGCCUUGCAGCAUCUUCAUCACCGUUCUGUUUGCAUGCUGCCCUUCCCAUAGUUAAAACCGCGCUCAAGAUUUAUGUAACUGCAAAAAUAUAACAGAAAGUAGGCAUGAGAAGUAAAUUAAAACCAUCUUGGUAAGUAUGCAGCAAAAUUUAAGCAGCCCCCACAUAAGUCACAAUGAGGUCUUUAGUGAUAAAGAUGCACACACACACACACACACACCAGUAACAGCAAAAAAGCACAUCAGAAAUUAAAUUGCAAUGUCUGGAGGGCCAUAGGCUCUCUGGCCCUGGCCUGAGGUCACCCAGUGAGCAGGAUACCAAGUGGGGAUUUGAACCCAGGUCUCCCUAGCCCUGGAGUCUGUAAUGAAUGACUGCAAUCAUUUUUUGCAGGAAAUACGACCUGCCUGCAGACACAGAGGAGAGUUAAGCUCCAUCCUACUAACCCUGUUUACUUGGGAGUAAGCCCUAUUGAAUUCCACAGGGUUUACUUCUAGGUAGACACAUUUAGGAUCGCACUAUUAAAAGAACUCCAUAGAAUCAUCUUCUUUUUUUUUUUAAAUGAUAUUUAUUAAAAGUUUAAGAAUUACAGGGGAAAAAAGGAAAUAACAGUAAAAUAGAAAAAAACAAUAACAUAAAACAUAUAAAAACCAUACAAUAGUACAGCAAAAAAAAGACAAAAAAAGAAACUAAAAAACACAUCCAAUAUUCCAUAUCUUUACCUUUCCUUAACUUAUUUCAUCGACCUCCUCACACCUCCUUUUUUUGUUUCUAGUUCAAUUCACUAUUUCAGCAAGUUCUUCCCAUCUUUCUCAAUUUUGAUUCUAUAGUUUUAACGAUCUAACCUUAAAUUUUUUCAAUUUAACCAAUGUCAGUCAACUUUUACUUAAUUCUUUGUUGCAUUUCUACUAAAACCAUGUUAAUUCAUUCCCGCAUCCUUCUAACACUCAUUAGUUUUACAAUAUUUCUGUAAAUAUACUUUAAAUUUUUUCCAAUCUUCUUCCACCGACUCUUCUCCCUGGUCUCGAAUUCUGCCAGAACUCCAUAGAAUCUUCAUGGAUGGUAGCUUUUUCAUUUUUUCAAUUGUUUGACCCCAUUUUCCCUCUUCCAUCUUUCUUUAUAGUGUUUAUCUAUUUCAUAAAAAUUAUACAUUACGUCAUUGUAAAAAACAAACCUCAGAGUGGUUUACGGAAGAAAAAACAGUAAAAUCAAGAAAAAUUCACAACCAGACUUUAAAACAUACAAAGGUUAAAAUACUAAAGCAGAUUAAAAUUGCCGCAACUUUCUAAGCAUCUGGGUAGGCUUGUCUAAACAGGAAUGUUGUUAGCAGGUGCCGCAAAGCGAACAGUGAUGGCACCUUUUUGACUUUAAUAGGCAGGGAGAUCCAAAAUGCUGGUGCUGCCACACUAAAUGACCAGAGUUAGAAGAACAGGUAUUAUGUGGCACCUGCAGUAGUGCCAAUUCUAAUACCCAAUGACUGCUGAUAAUACUUCACGCAGCUAAUUAAGAGGACUACACUAAAUCUGUUCAGGCUGCAGUUUGUUGCACACUUCCUAAACACAGUAGUAAAUCCCAGUAAACAUCCAUAGGCCUGUGCUGCAUGUAUUUAAACAGUUUUUGGGCAUCUUUACAUUAACGAAGCACAAAUGAAUGUAUUCUCAAAAGAUUAAGCUCAUUUAAUCAACCUGUUUAGAAUUUAGGGUGCUACAAGACUUUUUGAUUUUUGUUGAAAUAACUGACAUGCUAGCUACACCUACCCAUACAGUGGUGCCCCGCAAGACGAAAAACUCGCUAGACGAAAGAGUUUUCCGUUUUUUGAGUCGUUCCGCAAGAUGAAUUUCCCUAUGGGCUUGCUUCGCAAGACGAAACUUCUUGCGAGUUUGUUUCCUUUUUCUUAAAGCCGUUAAGCCGUUAAUAGCCGCUAAGCCGUUAAUAGCCGCUAAGCCGCUAAUAGCCGUGCUUCGCAAGACAACGAAGAGACUCGCGGAACGGAUUAAUUUCGUCUUGCGAGGCACCACUGUACUGAUUUAAAAGCCUAGAGGGCGCUGGUACUUUGGGUUAAGAAUUAGACCAUCAAAAACAUAAUUUCCCUACCGUGGGUUAUUGGUAGUUCCAAUACAUUUGAAGGCCUGUGGCGUGUGUGAAAUGGCAAGCUGUGCACUGCAUGGUAUCUCAAUGUACAUGUGCUUCACCCUUCUCUCCUCUCACGGGUUUAAGUGCAAGAGACCUUGGAAAUGAGUUGAAUCCUAUAGAAUACUAGUAUAUUUUAAAAAGGCAUCUUCAGCAUCAGUGCAAAAGGCACCGACAGGGACAGUUGUCUCAGGGACACACACCUUUCCAUUUAUCUUCACAAGAAUUCUGUAGAGUAGGUUAGGCUCAGAGAGUGGAGAGCGAGUGGCUGGCUUACCCAUGGUCAUCCAGUGAACUUCACAGUAGACAGGCAGUCAUGUUGUGUAUCCAUAGCAGUGACCAGAGGAGAAAUGACCACUUGGAGGAGUGCAAAGAAAAGAAACGCCAUGGUGCAUUUGCAGCAUCACAACUGAACGCCUUCAUCUGCCCCAACUGCAACAAAACAUGUGUCUCCCGCAUCUGUCUCUACAGCCACAGCGGGCACUGCAACCUUCCAGCAGCUUGACCUCACCCCCAAAGGCUCACUCCUCCAUUGCCUCCCGAGACAGAUGGAUGCCAACCAAGCAUGAUAGCAUUUAUGUGAUGCUUUAUCAAAGCUCUUUAUAGUUGUUAUCUCAGUAAAUCUUACAAAAGCUUUAGAAGUACAGUGGUACUUUGGUUUAAGAACAGCUUAGUUUAUGAACAACUUGGAUUAAGAACGCUGCAACCCCAGAAGUAGAUGUUUUGGUUUGUGAACUUUGCCUUGGAAGCAGAACAUAUUUCGCUUCCUGUUGAGUGUGUUCCAUUUGUAAAUUGAGUCCCCCACUGCUAUGGGAAAGCAUGCCUUGCUUUAAGAACGCUUUGGUUUAAGAAUGGGACUCUGGAACGGAUUAAGUUCGUAAACCAAGGUACCACAGUAGGUCCCUCCCUAUUUGUAAUACUAAUAGUACUACUAAUAAACUGCUCUGUUACCUUCAGAUAAAGGGUGGUAUAGAAAUUUAAUAAAUAAUAAUAGUUGGAAGAGGUAUCUUGAAAUAAUAGUUUGCUUAAGGUCACCUGGUAAGUUCAUAGUUUCCUGGAUGACAGAUAAAGUUUAGCAACUUUAUAGAUUUUGGGGAUGCUUAAUGCUGUCAUUGUAGGAUAGCAUUGCAUAGUCAGAAAAUGGAAUGGACAGGUGGUUUCUGAAUACAGACUCGUUUCUGUUUAUUGUUUUCACCUUUCAGUAGUUCAGGGAUGUUUGCUCCAGGAUUUCCUCAUGUGGUCAGCUAACACUGGUUUGUCUUGUGUUUCUUACAGUGAGUUAUUUUCUCCAUCGCAGAAGUAUCAGCUUCUUGUAUAUCACGCAGAUUCUCUCUUCCAUGACAAGGAAUAUAGAAAUGCUGUCAGCAAGUAUACAAUGGCUUUGCAGCAGAAGAAAGCACUGAGUAAAACUUCAAAAGUGAGACCCUCAACUGGGAAUGCUGCAUCUGCUCCUCAGAGCCAGGUGUUCAUAGCUUAAAUUCUGAUUAUAGCUUGGUGCCUCAGUGCAAGAGUCUUGCAUUCACUGUUUAUUAUACAUGGCAAAAGAUAUGAAUUCAUUUAUAUCUGAAAAGUUUUUUCCUCCUUAUGUGAGUUCUGGGAGAAAUUAAAUAUAUAAUUGAAUGUGAUUUAACACUCGCCUUGAAUAGACAGAAUGGGGUGGCAGAUACUUGGAAGCCUAAGAAAGAUGUUAUGGUCUUGUAGUUUUCCUUCAUAACGUAUGUGGAAAGUGUCCCAGCCUUGGAGUAAACUCCUGAAAAGUACAGAUUACCUCUGACAACCCCAAGCACCCUACAACACACAACUUGGUCUUUCCUAGAUCUUGACUAUCCUCUCCAUAUAUCAGGGUGGGGAACUUGUGGCUCUCCAGAUGUUAUUGGACCACUGUUGUAUUUUGUAUGUUGUCUUUUUAGUGCCUGCCUUCUGAAAUUGAAGUGAAGUACAAAAUGGCGGAGUGCUAUACAAUGCUGAAGCAAGACAAAGAUGCUAUUGCUAUACUUGAUGGAAUCCCUUCAAGACAGAGAACCCCAAAGGUAGUACUUUCCUAGCUAAGUUAUGCUCCUUGGGAGCCUUUGGCUGAGAUAUGGAUACAAUUUAUAGGGUUGUAACCAGUGCUAUUCCUACUCAAUAAAUCCAUUGACAUCAAUGGACCUAAGACAGCCAUGUGCCUCAGUGGAUCUACCCUCAGGAAAACUAAUACGGAAUACAACCCAUUCUUCGAACACCCUUUGGCUGACACAAAUCCCCAGGUUUUUUGAAUAAAGGUAAAAACUUGCCGUUAAUAACUGCAAGCCCAGAGAGUUGUGCAUCAACAGGUGGAAUUAACAGAUCCAAAGUGGUGCAAAAUGUUAUGUCUUAUGUCAACAUUAAAACAUGAUUGUUCUCAUCACUGGAUUUCUGUGGGUUGCAGAUUAACAUGAUGCUGGCAAAUUUGUACAAGAAGGCAGGUCAGGAACGCUCUUCUGUGACGAGUUACAAAGAAGUGCUGAGGCAGUGCCCACUAGCCCUUGAUGCCAUCCUAGGUAGCCACUUUUCUUCUGAUCAAUGAUUAUUGUUGAAAAUUGUGAUUGAGACGUUGGCAUAUCUGAACAGUCUUAGCAUGGGCAGGUGAACAAAAUAUGAAUUAGUGCAGUCCGCCAUUGGCCUCCUCAUGAGUUACAACAUUAAAGGGGUGCUUGUUAUGACUGCAUAUAUUGUGUCUUAGAAGACGUAAGGGCUGGGAGAGGCAGUAACAAUAGCAUUGCAAUGCUCUUUCUGAUCUGAGGGAGGAGUGUGGUGCUAGAGAUGGCAAGACAAUUGGUGUGGAUAAGUUUUACAAAAUGCACCUGUCUGCAGGACUUGAUCACUGUAAUCCAGCAGUAGGGAACCUGUGACUCUUCAGAUGUUGUUGGUGUUCAGUUCUCAUCGCUUACCAAUGGCCAUGUUGGCUGGGACUUAAAGGAGUUGUAGUCCAGCACUGCUCAAAACUCCCAUUGUUCUAGGUGCUUUUUGCCACAUGGAAUUUCAUUAGCCCAAGCAGUUUCUGAGCUCUGGGCGCAGUACUGCACCUAAGAUUUCAGAUUAAAACUGCAGAGUGGAAGGAAAGGAAGACCUUUUUCUGCCUCCCCAUUUCCAGCUACUCUCUGAAGACUGGAGAAGAGAUCCUCUUAAGAAUAUUAGGGGGGUGGGCAGGGGAAGGACUAGAUCAUGUGAAAAAUGAACAAAAUAUUUUAGUUGCAGUUCAUUCAUUUUUAGCUUUGUAUUCUUCUUAUUAAAAAAGCUUGCCUAGACAUUCCGUUGUUGCACACAUAGCCUAGGUUUAAGGUGCCAUUUAGCUCCUAGCUUUCAUAUCUCAGUUUCUAACACUGAUCCAGCAACAUUUGGAGGAUCACAGGUUCUCCAGUCUUUGGUCAAUGAUCUGCUGUUGUCGGUGCCUGAGCACUUAAUUUCCUUGCAACUACCAAGAACAUUUUGUCAAAAUGGUGGUCACAACAGCUGUUGCUUCUCAUUUAGGCUUGCUGUCGCUCUCAGUGAAAGGUGCAGAAGUCGCUUCCAUGACAAUGAAUGUAAUCCAGAGUGUCCCAAACUUGGACUGGCUUUCAGUCUGGAUCAAGGCAUACGCAUUUGUGCACACAGGUGAUAAUACCAGAGCAAUCAACACCAUCUGGUAAGAAUCUAGAGCAAAUGCAAAUGAGCUUUCUCAAAGAACCUCUAGCCUGGUAUCUUGUAAGAUAUACUACUUGGGUAUUGAAGGCUAUUUCCCCUUUGCAGCUAGACAGUUACAAUGCUAAGUGUUUGAAUGCUCAUGGAAUUUAAAUCCCACAUACAUGUGUCUUUUAAAACAGGGAUGGGGAACCUGUGGUCAACUAUUAGCCAUGCUGUUGAAGGUGCCACAGCCGCUGCCCCCCAUGCCCCCCCCAAAGCCAGAGUUGCAUGGCUUACCAGGUUGCACAGCUGCAGCAGCGGGGGGCCCCUCCCCUCCUACCAUGGGCAAAGAAGUCUAUACCCCAUGGGCACCAAGCUGACCUAGAAACAAGUUGAUUGUGGUUGCAUUCUUAAUGUUGUUAGAGGAGUGUGUGCAGUCCAAGUAUUAUUUGGAGAUGUUCCACUGUGAAAGAAAGCAAAGCGUACACCUUUCUCUUCCUGAUGUGAUUUGUCUCAUGCCCUUCCUUUUAAUCCUCUUUGGGUGGAAGAUGCUCUGAUUCUAGAGGUGCUGUAGUAGAGAAAGAUAGAUUGUGACAUGUAGAUAUGUUUGCCUUAAGGAAAUGUACCUUUCCCCAUAAAAUAGAAUAAAAAUGCUCCAAGAGGUUCCAAUAUAUUGAUCUUCUCUUUCAAUUUGUUCUUCCCACAAAAGCUCGCUGGAGAAAAAGUCACUGCUGAGGGACAAUGUGGAUAUACUAGGGAGCUUAGCUGAUCUUUAUUUCAGAGCGGGUGACAAUAAGAACGCAAUUCUAAAAUUUGAACAGGCGCAAAUGUUGGAUCCUUAUUUGAUAAAAGGUAAGUCUCUAGAAAAUAUGGAGAGCUUGUUAGAAUAAUUUGUAUUCUGUAUUCAACUUUUAUAGUUCAGUGCUAUGCAUGUUUAUUCAGAAAAACAUCCUACUGAAUUCCCAUGUAGGUAUUUGUAGUACUGCAACCUUAACUAUAUUUUUAACAGAGCAAAAAAUUCUCACUAGUUUAUUUUUUGUUGGUAAGAUUGAAAGAAAAACUAGUACAAAUGAGGCAAAGAGAGGGAUUUUUUCCUUCUGUCCUUACACUUAACUAAAAUCAGAAAUGGUUAAACCUCAAAAACACUUGUAAUUGGUUGAAGACACAUUUAUAUUGUAAACAGCUGAUGCACAACAGCGUUACGUCAAUGAAAUACAAUGGGAUUCCUUUGAAUGGCAGGUCUGCUGUUCGUUUCCCCCACAAAUUGCACAUUUGAAUCACUGUGGAGCUCCAAAUAAUGUGGAAAAUACAUGACAACUGAUUAGAACUGGAGCAACCAGUUUUAUGGAAAAUAUUUUUGAAUCUUCAUUUUGAAUACCUGUAUAGAAUAUAGAAGUUGAGAAAACAUUUGGAUCUAAGCACUGUUCCUGCCUUUUAGGUGAAAGAUGUGAACAGUCUUGUCCUCUAGUUUUCCUUGAUCUUUUUUCCUUUGUAGCUUUUGUGUGUGUGUGUCCAACUCCUUCAUGCUUUGUCUUUAGGGAUGGAUGUAUAUGGCUACUUGUUAGCCCGCGAGGGUCGCCUGGAGGAUGUGGAGAAUCUCGGCUGCCGGCUCUUCAAUAUUUCUGACCAGCAUGCUGAGCCGUGGGUGGUAUCAGGGUAAUGGGCUGCUUUUUGCUCCUGUUUGGCUUUUAUGUUGAACUUUCUGAAGGCAGAAUCUACCCUAUUAAUGAGGAGAGUCAGAUGAUCUUGGGUUUAUUGCUAAUGGCUUAGUGUCGGGCAGCAAAAUCUUGACUGACAUGGAGUUGGUGAAUUCACUGAAGUCUGUGGGAGUUUGACCAAAGCUUUGUGUAAGAUGUCCAGGAGUCUCCCUAACUGGCAUACUAUUGAAAUGCCACUUUCAAAGCACAUCUUGCUAUUCUUGAAAUUCGAAGAGGUGUUGGAUCCAAAAAUAUCCAAAGCCACUGUCUGAAAUAAAAUUCUGCAGGGAGCUAAAUAGCCUUUAAUAUAUUUUGUAACACUGCCUUCUCAGCAACACUGCUCAAGGCAGAUUACAAAAAUUACAAAACCUACUUAAAAUCUUCCCUUAAAAAAACACUUUGUUGUGGUGUCUAAAAGCUGGUUGUCUACAGUAGAAAAUUAUUAAUGUGUUUCAUUACUUUGGAGGCAUCACUAAAAAGUAGGUCACAUUUCAGAAUGCUGAAGCUAAAAUUACAUUUCCUGAUAGCAAUAGGCAUUUCCACUUUCACUAGAUAGAACACAUUAUUCCUGUGUGUGUGUGUGUGUGUGUGUGUGUGAGAGAGAGAGAGAGAGUAUAUUCCCCCCCCCCCCCAUCAUCAAAAGUAAUUGAAAUGGAAGGUUGUAGGAGUUGGGGGUGCUGUGGGUCUAUAACAGAAUAGCCCAUCCUACUUUGGCAAGGUGUUCUGCCCACACCCUUUAAUAAUACAAUGACAAUGCUGCCAUGGCUGAAAAACUCUCUGCUUGUCCUCUUGAGGUGGAACAGAUUGAGCAUGUUAACCACAAUUCCCCCUUCGUUCUGCAGGUGUCAUAGCUUCUACAGCAAGCGCUAUUCCCGUGCCCUGUAUUUAGGAGCCAAAGCCAUUCAGCUGAACAGCAAUAGUGUGCAGGCUUUGCUGCUGAAAGGCGCUGCUCUUCGGAACAUGGGGAGAGUGCAAGAAGCAAUCAUCCACUUCCGUGAAGCGAUACGGCUUGCCCCUUGCAGGCUGGACUGCUAUGAAGGCAAGUAAAAAGGACGGACUUCUCCAAACAGGAGUUGUUAAACCUGCUGGUGAAAUGAAAAUUUCUAUAGGCCCACAUAUGACUGUCACCACUAAGAUGUCUUUCUGACAUGCCAAGACCCCACCUUAAAGUCGUGAACUGUCAGCCUACUGUGCUAAAUUCGGUGACCAUUGUUUAGAUGAGCGCUGGUUUUGAAAAAAAGCAAAUAUUCUCUCAAAUAUGACUUUUGUCUCUGACCCUCAGGCCUCAUUGAAUGCUACUUAGCAUCCAAUGGUCUUCGUGAAGCCACAGUCAUGGCUAACAAUGUCUACAAAACCCUGGGAGCCAACGCACAGACACUUACCCUCCUGGCAACUGUUUGUCUGGAAGAUCCUGUUGCACAGGAGAAAGCAAAGACAUUGCUGGACAAAGCACUGACACAGCGCCCUGAUUACAUCAAAGCAGUGGUAAAGAAGGCAGAACUUCUCAGUAAGUCUUUCCCCCUCCUCUUUUCUUGUGUGCUAGUCUUAUUCAGCAUGAAUAGAGAUGUAUGCAGAUGCAACCCCCACCAAGUCUUGAAGAUUGUGGAAGGCAGCAAUUUUCACCCACAUCUCUCCAUACUAUAUCCAUAAUCAGACUUACAGCACCCUCUCACUCCUGUUGCGAACAACCAGCUGAAAAUGCCCAUCUUGAAUUACUCAUUACAUUUCGAGCUUUCCAUUUUGGCAAGAAGUCAUUUGAACUGGAGAUGCAGGUUUUUGUCAUUUUCUUUAAAUUGAUAUUUUUUAACGUGUCUCUUUAAAAUUCAAAGUGUUUGCAAAUCCAUAGGUGAUAAGGUGGUUCAGAAUAGGCAUUCUUCCUUCUCUGUCACAGGAGAAGGGUGAUGACGAUGGCAACUUCUUGUAUAUGUCACAGGAAGACACAAUCUCAGCAUCCUCUGAAACAAACUGUUUCCUCCUCUGAAAACCUAACUGCAAAAAAUGUGUAUCUGAAUGCAUAAUUGCAGAAAUGGUUUUAGUUUGCUGGGUGCAUAGACUUCUGUGUUUUUUCUUAUUUUUAUCUUGUUGUGCAAGAUAAAAAAGCAAGAUCAGCUUUUGGCUGUGAGGCAUCUAUACUUCUGCAAAUUAAAAUAAAGCCUCAUACAGUUAAUCAGUUCUGAUUUCUUUUUCGGGUGAUAGCCUCAACAUAAAUAGCUUGAAAUAACCCUUCUUAUUGACAGGCCGAGAACAGAAAUAUGAAGAUGGAAUAGCUUUGCUGAGGAAUGCCCUUGCCAACCAGAGUGAUUGCAUUCUCCAUCGAAUGUUAGGGGACUUCCUUGUGGCUGUUAAUGAGUAUCAGGAAGCCAUGGACCAGUACAGUAUUGCUCUAAGGUAAGUUUCUGGGAAAUCCUGUUGUGAUGGCCAUGAGUUGAAGGAUGGCUGUAGGUGUUUUGUCUGUGGGUUGCUGAUAGAUGUCACUGAGCUGAAAUGGAGAUGUGUGUGAGCCAGCCUGUCCUGUUUUUGCAACUGCUCCCUGACUCCAGGAUGUCUUUCUCUUACUUUCUGUUCCCCCAGUUUGGAUCCCAAUGAUCAAAAGUCACUGGAGGGAAUGCAGAAAAUGGAAAAAGAGGAAAGUCCAACGGAUGCCACCCAGGAGGAAGAUGUGGAUGACAUGGAGGGGAGUGGAGAGGAAGGUGACCUAGAAGGCAGUGACAGUGAGGCAGCCCAGUGGGCUGAUCAGGAACAGUGGUUUGGCAUGCAGUAAAAUCGCCUUCCUGAACUAACCUGGGACCAUAGCCCUUGAUGAGUGACGCCCAAUAAGACAUUCUUCUCCCUGGAAUGAAGAAUGCCAAGGGGACAUUGUGUGCUGCUGCAAGAACUGGACUGAGGCAAGAUCCAAGCAGCCCCUUCUGCCCCUUUUUUGUUUCUGUGUUAUGCUCUCAGUGCUCCUUAUUUCAUGGUGAAGUCUGAGCAACUUAAGUGCUGGGGAGGCAUUCGUGCCAAGCAGCAAUUUUGAGUUCUUAUUUCUAAAAUUAGAAGCUUUCAAAUGAUAUAAAGCAUUUCUCAAACAUUUGUUAAUGACUGAAACGAUGUCAGAAUCAUGUUGUAAACUCAUUAUGCUUGAUCCCCAGUGGUGCAUAAAUGUAGGCUGCUUUUAUAUCCUUUUAUAAAAGAGGCUUUAUUCGCAAAGCCUGUACGGUGUCUUUAGAUACACAAACUCCUCCAGAAAGCUGCUGGAAUCUCACACAGGGGCAGUAAAUUUCUUUCCAGCCUUUUCCUGGCCUCCCCAGUGUUUUUUGUGGAGGAUAUUUAGCAAGCACACUCUAAAAUAGAAGCAUGCUGCUUCAGGCUCCUAACUGAUGAGCAAUUCUAUAGCUGAUGAAUCCAUAUGCACAAGAAAUUGUGGCCUGUGAAAUAGUUGGUUAUUUUCACAUUCUGUGCUAACAAGUGCCACUCCUUUUAAGCCUCUGUAAGGAUAUUAGAGAAAGUGAAAUGGAGCAGCGUUGAGGAAAUUACAGCCAGUGAAAGGUUCUUAAGGUUACUUCUUACUGGGUAAUACCAAUUAACAAUAUCUAAACCACAUAAUCCUUUCCUGCAUACAUGACUAUUAAAAGCAGCCUUGCUAACAUACUGUGCUUCUGACUUUGAUUUGGCUGCAUUAAAUAACUUCCUCAAAGCACAGUCCAGCAGCAGCUUCUGUUGGGUGCCCCAUCUGCACAAGACCACAGUGCUGUGUUCUCUGUUAAGUAAUUAUUUUUUUUAAUGAUGUGGCCUUCCCUUUCACAAGGGUGGCUAGCCUGCAGCCCUCCAGAUGUUGCACUCUCAACUCCUAUCAUCCGUAAUUGACUCCUUCAGCUUGAAGCAGAUGGAAGUUGCAACAUCUGGAGAGCCAUGGGUCCCCACCCUCCUCUUUUGAAUCGCAGAAGAAUUUUAAAGACCCAAUGUGUCUUGAUCGUCUGCUGAAAACUAAUACUACCAAAGAUCAGGAUGGAAAAGUAAGUUGCCUUCAAGGAAACAUAAAGGUAAUGAAUUAGUGGUUGUUGAUACUGUUAUAGGGUUCUUGUGAAUGGAGAUACAACAUUACCUGUACACAUUCUUGAACACAGGAUGCCAGAUGCACGUUGAUACAAAGAGAUACUUUAGUUCAGAUAAGGGAAUAGUGCUGGUACAAUGGAAAUGUAUUGCUUUCUCUUUAAACAGAAGAAGCACCACUCUUCCCCGCCUUUCCACAAACCAUUUUGGAAAUUGGAGGAGAAUGUCUAAAAUCACCCUUUGGUUCACACAGUUGGUUCACGAUUCCAGGCCCAGUAGAUAAAUGAAAGGGAACAAUGGCUUGUCAAAAUCAGUUUGUGGUUAAGAUGAGAUUUGAAUUGGGGCCUUUCCCUGUUUGUGAUGCCACUCCAGCUCUUGUAAUCACCCACCGCCAGUAAAACCAGGCACACAAUUAUUUGCUAGACAAGCUGCUGAUUUUCAAUGUGUGGGCAUUCUUAUUUUUUUGGGGGGGGAACUAUCUUAACUGGAACAUGUAAAUUAGUCGUCCAUUGUUAUUUAUAUAGUACCAUUACAUUACAAUGGUUCAUAAAACUCAUAAACAAGGAAGAAAGC